AUGACCAUGGUUUGUGAUCGACUGAGGACUCAAGGACAGAAAGUGUUUGCAGGUAAACACACGGACCUUCUGGUCUCUUCCGUCGGUUCGUGUUGGAGAAGAAGCGGCCAUGCGAUAGGACCAAAGUUGACCGGAGACAUCGCUCGAUCCUCGGAGUCGAGUCUUUAUAUGCCACGUUCCCCCUGUCUUACUCCGGAUGGAUACUGGACCCGCCUCCCCACCGUCCUCCAGGGUGGCGGGCCCCCCCCCACUGUGGAGGCUGGCCGAGAGGAGGAGCAGGAAGACCGGUUCAGGGAACAUCUUCAGCAACGUGAAUCUGUGGCAGCUCCAGAGACUGUUCAGGGCAGCAGGGGACCAGGAUGCGGAGCAGAGGGCCGAGCUGGUUUGGGGCCAAAGAGAUGAGGCUGAGCUGGCUCAGGCCUUGAUGGGACUGAGGUCCCGAACCCACCGCAGAGGGCUGAGGAGCAGUGGGAGGGAUGCUCUGGAGUCACGCUGGCUACGCUCCUUCAAUCACCUCAGGAUUGGGGAGAGCUCGGCAAGCGGCCAGGGGAAGGAAGCAGGAGAGGAGAUUGAUUCUGAGGCAGGAGCACACAGCAGUCCAGACCCACAUCUACACUCCCCUGUAGGGACCACAGGAAGAGCUGCGGGGGCCACGGGGGCACUUGGUGAGGGCCACAGCCCAGCAGGGACUUCUGGGAGACCGGUCAGGGUCGGCUCAGGACUGAGAAGAGGAGGAGAGAGGGACCCAGAGAAAUACCUCCAUCGAAUACUGCACUGAUUGACUGCGUGACUGAGUAUUAACCAGCGAUUAACAACCGGAUUGUCCCACCGCUGUCCUGAAGUGUCCAGAUGCUAGAGCGAGGGUCAAUAACUCCUGUGAGAAGCGACAUCGCUCUCAGCACCGAAACGGUCGCAGUUGAAAGAAUAGAAUACUGACACAAACUCUGGCCUUUAAACGGCUCAGAACAGAUGGUAACGAUGCUGCACAAACACAUCUCCACCUACAUAAUGUAGACAGCAUGAUAAUCUGACCUGAAUCUGGGUUUGCGCAACUUUACACUCUGGUUACUGCUCUCAAAAAUGGCCUUAUUUGUUUCCUACCACUCACACUAUCUCGUCAUGCUAUAGACAAUGGCAAAAACAUUCCUGGAUCGGGCCCCUUCUGCAUCCAAAUGUGACGGGUGUUUCCCGGGGUUCAUCACAAAAUGUCUUUGCAUUUCAGUAGCUUUGGAGUAAAAGUCAGACACACUAAUGAAAACACAACCUCCUCCUUGCAGGUAAUAAUGUCAUAUAUGGCUACACUGUGGACAUAUACUGUACUUUUUUAUGUCCUGUACCAUACCCAAAGCCAUAUGUAUGUGUGCAUACAUGACUGAGAUGAUGCACUGUAGCUUUAAAAUAUUGUUAUCUUCUUGAAUGUUUUGUAUUCACACUAGCUCGAGUCACAAAAAGUACCAAAACUGAUAUAAUUUUAGCCACUGUGUCCUUGGCUAUGUCUGUGGUAUGUUACACAACACUAUACAAGGGGAAGACCACAAUAAGAGCUAGAUAUUCGUCCAGUUAUAUACACUACUCCUCAUUUUGAGAUGUUGAUUGACGUCUGUACCCGCCCUCUGUUUCUCAUGCUGUUUCUCAUCAGGUGAAAGUUUAACAUCAACUUUGUCUUGAGACCAAACCUAAAAGUCAAAGUGAGCUUCACUUGAUCAGGGAAAGAAAGAACUGGAAAUCCAACUGCUGUUGAUGUAUGUACAUGGUGACAGUGUGCGAAGCCACUGUGCCUAGGAUAGACUAUUAUGUCACCAACCUCAUCAGACUGCAGAAAACUUGAUGAAACUUUUUCUGAUAGUACAAUGUUUGAUGUGUCAUAUGUAGAUUUAUGCUCAUUAAGUAAAGUAAACAAGAGUCUUUGUA